AAAGACGGGAAGGGCACACAUUCCCAAUACAGAAAAGCAGAUAAAGAAAGGGCCGACGAAAUGGGAAUGAGGAAGAGUCGGCCAGAACCGAUCCACAACGCGCAAACCUGCCCGAGCUCUACCAAGCACGGAAAUACGGAGUACUCCGUACUAACUAUGAGGAUGAUCCUCGUCUGGAUCGCAAUGGUGAUGAUCAUCAACCACGGUCUUGGAAUUCAUGAAAAUUCCAGAACACAAAAAAAGGCCGGGUAAUCUCCAAUUGCAUACGCGUUUCGGGCUACCUACUACUACUAGUAGGUUAGGUAGACCCGUACGAGCCAACCUAUCGGGGAGACUGUGAGACUGGAGUGGUUAUCCAUGGAACUCACUGGUAGGUCGUACCUAGGAGGACAGGACCUCGCUUAAUCGGCUAUGGCCGCCAGCAUUUAUGGUUCGAGAACUUAAUUAAAGAUUGGGUUUGCGCAUGAAAAAGGAAAGUAAGACUCAGACUCAGACUCAGACUCAGAUUCAUUGCCCCAAAAAAAAAAGACAAAACUCAACUUCUGCAAAAGGGGCUUGAUCUUUCGUUGCCUUUUACGUUGUGUUGUGGCACCACUACGGGCUAUCAC